CAAUUUCCUGAGUCUUUGGGAUGUACUGAAUGCAUGCUAUGUUCGGCCCUCUCCUCCGCUCCUCAUCUGCGCUGCAGCUUUGCAGACGACCUCUCCCCUCGAUCUCAGGCUUUCGUUACCAAUCUACACGUACAGGAAAGCAGAAGAACAUGGGCAAGAAGAGCAGAAACAACGCCCCCGCAGAGGACCAUCUCCUUCUCCCUGCACACUCCUCCACCGCACCCAUAGUCGACACCCACACUCACCUUGCAUCCACCUUUGCUGCCUACAAGCACAAGUACCCAGCGGGCAAAUGCAACACCGUCUACGAGUUUCUCCAGCACUUCUACAAGGACAAGCACGUUGAGGCGAUCGUCGACGUAUGGUGCGAAGCGCCUGUGCAGAAGCUCUGGCGCGAGUUCGCCGACUCGGCGCUGACGGCUGAGGACCGCGCGGACAAGUGGGGAGGUACUGAGUACUACUUCGUUAUGGGUGUACAUCCGCAUGAAGCCCGGCACUAUAAUGAUGAGGUCGAGCGCGACAUAUUAGAGGCCAUGCAGCAUCCUCGCUGCGUAGGUUGGGGUGAAAUGGGCCUCGACUACCACUACGACAACUCCCCUCGAGAGAUACAACGCGACGUCUUCACGCGUCAACUACGCCACGCUGUCCUGCUCGGCAAGCCUCUUACCAUUCAUACGCGCGAGGCCGACGAGGACACCGAACGUAUCCUGAAGGCAGAAGUGCCGAAGGACCACCGGAUACACAUCCACUGCUUCACCGAUACCCCCGACUUCGGCCAGCGUUUGCUAGACCAUUUCCCCAACCUGUACAUCGGCGUCACGGGCGUCGUGACCUUCUCCACAAACGAAGAUACACCCAACAUCAUCCGGCGGAUGGUUGGCCUGGCCGAAAGCACUCAAGCAGCUGCCAACAACUCGGAAGCACCGGCACCUGCUGGCUCGCCAGCUCCAUCCGCCCCGACACCAACACCGAACACCUCGCCCUCCCCUCUUCGCAUCAUCCUCGAGACGGAUGCGCCCUACAUGGUCCCCACGAACGUCUACAGCGUACUGUCCGGCAUGAAAGGUCGCCUACCUCUAUGUCACACCGCGAUGAUUCCCUGGACUGCGGAUUUCGUGGCUGGGAUAUUGGGCGAUGGAUGGGAUGCGACGAGGGUGAUGGAGAUUGCAAGAGAAAAUGCAAGGACGGUGUAUGGAAUAUAGGCACUGGCUGUAAGGUCGCUUCCGUCCGGAGUCCUCGAAUGUGGCACGCUUUCCGUCUAUAAGGACGACGAAGCCGAAAGGAUGUCGUUUGCUUCGGUCCAUGCAAAGAUAUCUCUCCCCACUUGUGUCACACAUACGUGAUGUCUUUUGUGGUUUGUUGUGACAAAGGGAAAG